AUGGCAGGUGAAAGUUCUCGCAAGGGGUUCUAUUUGUAUGACGACAGGCGAAAGGCUACUCCUGACCCCGAUAUACACAGCUAUAUAGAGAGAUCAAGACAAAUAGCUGGUGUUAAGGCUGAUCCCCAGCUUACGAAGUUAUCCGACAAGGACAUAGUGGAGAUGAUAUUCCUUCCAGUAGUCAACGAAGCUUGCUGUGUCCUCGAUGAAGGAAUUGCAGUGAAAGCAUCAGAUCUGGACAUCGCUUCCAUUAUGGGAAUGGGCUUCCCUUCCUUCAGGGGUGGCAUUAUGUUUUGGGCUGACUCUCUGGGUGCCAAAUACAUAAACACAAGGCUGGAAGAAUGGUCCAAGACCUAUGGAAAUUUUUUCAAGCCAAGUUCCUAUCUUGCUGAAAGGGGAGCGAAAGGAAUUCCUCUGAGUGCUCCAGUUAAUCAGGCCAGUUCGAAGUUAUAAUCUCUCAUCAUCUGUCGAGUGAAGCUGUUGUCAUUUGGAACAGAACUGUAAAAUUAUGUGCUGAAGGUAUAGUUCAUGUAUGGACUCAAAAGGCUUUAUGGCUUCAGUGUUGCUAACGUAGCAUAUAAAUUAUUAAUAAAGGAGAUCAAUACUGCUUGUGUUUCUUAAAGAUUAUGUCGUUUUAUUUCAAUAAAAAAUAGUUUUAAAUUGAACUAUUCAAUUGCUUUCAAGGCAUGUUGAAACUAAAUGUUUUAAUAAAGUGGAGGAUUUUCUGUGUUAA